AUGCCUAUUCAACACCAAUAUCCUCCACAGGACGUUGCUUGGUUCCGUCGCGAUGUGCUGCUGUUCGCCAACAGUAUCGGCGUCUCCGCCGAACGACUCCACUUUCUAUAUGAACUACACCCGGAGUUUGCAGUGUUUCCGACUUUUCCUUUGAUCUUGCCAUUCAAACUUGCCGAUCAGGAGGUUAUCGAAUUCUAUGGUCGUAAUGCUACAAACACCAUACCUGGAGCUCCUGAUCUAGACUUCCGGUAUGCGGUUGAUGGACAGCGGGAACUCACGAUCCACAAGCCUCUCCCUACGGCGAGUGCUGGAUUCCACUUGGAACUCCGAAACAGAGUCAUCGGGAUUUACGACAAGGGCUCUGCGGGUAGUGUUCUAGAGACAGAACAAAAAAUUGUCGACGUGACGACAGGGGAGGUGUAUACCACCACGCGGACUUCGAGUUUCCUUUCGAAACAAGGCAAUUGGGGUGGCCCACGAGGACCAACUUCGCCGGCAUAUCCCCAGCCUAAGCGAGCCCCAGAUGCAGUCUAUGAAUUGCAGACAACAAAUAACACGCCCAUGCUCUACCGCCUCAAUGGUGACUACAACCCGCUUCAUGCGGUUCCCGAGGUGGGAUUGAGGAUGGGCCUCGGCGGUGUUAUCCUCCAUGGCAUCUUCACUUAUAGUUCCACAUGCUAUGGUGUCUUGGAAAAGAUCAACAACGGGGAUGCGACCCGUCUCAAAAAAUUUCAAGCGCGAUUUGCCUCGCCUGUCAGGCCCGGUGACAAGCUGGUUACGACUAUCUGGCGCAUGGGAAUCACUGAGGGAUUGGAGGAAGUUCGUUUUACCACGAGUAACCAAGAUGGGAAAGUGGUCUUGAGUAAUGGGAGAGCUCUAUUUGUGCCAAAGCGUGGUGCAUCGCAUCUUUAG